UGACGCGACGGAGGCCGGGGGCGGCGGGCUGCGAGGUGACGCGCGUGGGGACCGCUCUGGCCCAGCCCACGUGUCCGCGAGAUUUAAAAGUUGGCGGCGCGCGGGGAGGUCAGCUUGGCGGCGGAGCCCCGCGAGCAGCGCGCCCGGGACGCAGAGGCACUGCCAGGGCCCCGCGUGGAGUGCUGACCCGCGCAGCUCAGGCUCCGAGCUCCGAGCCGCCAAGCGCCGAGAUGCCGCGAGCAGCGAACCGCCGCCCCGGGCCGCCCGCCGGACAGGUGGCCGCCGCGUCCCGGCCCCUGCUGCUGCUGCUGCUCGCCUGUUGCGCGGGCACCUGCCUUGGUGCUCCAAUAUUAUCUCAAGGACUACGGCCUGAACAAGAACUACAGCUGUGGAAUGAGAUAGAUGAUGCCUGUUCGUCUUUCCCGUCCCUUGAUUCUCAGCCUCAGGCAUCCAAUGCACUGGAGGAGCUUUGCAUCACAAUUAGGAGGACUCUACCAAAGCCCCAGGAAACAGAUGAAAAAGAUAAUACCAAAAGGUUCUUAUUUCAUUAUUCGAAGACACGGAAGUUGGGCAAUUCAAAUGUUGUGUCGUCUGUCGUGCAUCCGUUACUGCAGCUUGUUCCUCACCUGCAUGAGAGAAGAACGAAGAGAUUCAGACUGGACGAAGAAUUCCAAGGUCCUAUUGCAAGCCAAGUUCGGAGACAGUUUUUAUUCAGGCCACGCAAUGGAAGAAGGUCAGAAGGUUACAUUUAAAAUGGACCAACAAUUUUCCACAGAAGCAGCAAAAUGUUGACAUUUUGUUUUCUUCUCAAAAACAAUCCUUGCUAAACUUACUGUAUUUGACAAUCCCUGUGUUGUAAACAUAUUCAAUAAAAGUUGGUUGAGAUUAUAAAA